UCUUCAAUUCCCUCUUUUUUUUCUCUCUCUUUUAAAUUCAACUUUUUUUCCAAGAUUUCAAGUUUUUUGAUACCCCUUUGGAGGAUAGUACCUGGGUUUCAAGUUUUUUUUUUUUGUGAAUUUGAUUGAUUUCGAGGUCAUCAUAUACGUGUUAAAUGGGUUGCUUUAAGUGUUAAAACAUUCCUGGAUCAGAUGUAAUACAUGUCACUACUCUGGUAUUCUGACAAGAUCGAGCGGAAACAUGAAGAAUUUAGAAAAUGAGAAUUCUAUGCAAAUAGAUGAUAGAAGUUCUGGUACGUUUUGCAAGUUUUGUGGCAAAAAGCAAGAUACUACAACUUGUUUGAUCAGUCCGACUGCUUCAUUGCAUAGCAGUAACAGCUCUAUGUCAUGUUACAGUGACUUUUCAGGUGAUGCAAGCUCAGAUGGGAGGGUUAAUAUUGAUGAAUGUAGCACAGAGAGCAGUCAAGAGGACUCCUGCAGCAAAGUUGAAGGGGAUGACUAUGAUGAAUCUGGAGUCUCUUCUAGUUAUGAACUGGAUCAGUUCUGGGUGCCCCCAGAACCAGAAUGUUGUGAUGAUGAUAUGGAAGACAGUGUGGCUAAUUGUGAUGAUGAUGAAUGCGGCGAUGGCUGGGGCAAGCCAACUUCUUUAAUCAGCCUCGGAGAUGAAGGUUCUGGGAGCUACAAAUUUAAAGAGGAAAAGAGGAAGGCAUUGGAAGAAGUGAUGAAUGGGAAGCUUAAGGCCCUUGUUUAUGACCUUCUUAAGUCUUUUGGUGUUGCCUCAUCUGGGGGUGACAAUUGGGUUGAUAUAGUCACCUCCUUGUCUUGGGAGGCUGCUUCAUUUGUGAAGCCUGAUUCUGCUGAAGGAAAGGCCAUGGAUCCUAAUAAAUAUGUGAAGAUAAAAUGUAUACGAUCUGGUUCUCCCAGCCAAAGUCAAUUUAUCAAAGGCAUGGUCUUCAAAAAGCAUGCUGCACAUAAACAUAUGCCAACUAAGUUUGAAAAACCUAGGCUGCUGCUGAUUGAGGGUGCACUAGGUCUCUCAAGUGAGUUGUCAUCAUUUGAGUCAAUGCGACAGGAGAAAGACAGUGUGGUGAAGUCUAUCACUGACAUUCUAGAGAGGUAUCAGCCAAAUGUGAUAUUGGUAGAGAAAACAGUUUCUCGUGACAUACAAGAGUCUAUUCUCAGGAAAGGAUGGACACUGGUCUUUGAUAUGAAAGAACAUCGCCUGGAGAGAGUUGCUCGUUGCACUGUUUCACCAAUCUUUUCUUCUGAAAUCUUGUCUGGCCAUAAGCUUAGACAGUGUGAUUCCUUUCAUUUUCAAAGGUUCGUAGAGGAACAUGACACUUUUGAUGAUGGUGGAAAAAGGCCUAGUAAAACACUGUUGUUCAUUGAGGGCUGUCCUACUCAUCUGGGAUGUACGAUUUUGUUAAUGGGAGCUAACAGUGAUGAAUUGAAAAAGAUCAAAUGUGUGGUACGAUGUGCAGUGAUCAUGGCAUAUAAUUUAAUCCUCGAGACUUCUUUCCUUCUAGAUCAAAAAGCAAUGUUCUCGACUAUUCCUCUUAACCAGGUGGUGAAUUCAACAGCUACUGAUGACCCUCCAGCUGUUAGUGGUGAACAAGGUGAUUCUCUGUUAUUUGAACCAUAUAAUCCAGUUCUUUCUGGGUUGUCAUCUCUCUCAGCCUCUCUGAAAAAGGUUAUGGGGGACAACUUUCCUCUCUGCCCCACCUCUGGUCAAUCCAUGCCCUCAUGUUUCAUUGAUAAUGGAUCCAAUGAAGAUGAUCAGGAACAAACUGAUACUCAAGUUCCUGACGCAACUGAGGUGGUUAAUCAAAGUGAUACAGAUCAGAAAGUCACUACUUGUGAUGACGAGAUGGCAUCCGAAAAAGAACAGUUGCAUACUCCAAUAGUGAGCCAGGGAGAAUCUUUAGAAUCACAGGUAUCUGGUAAUAUGGGUAAUGGUGUUAAAUCUAUGGAUACUGAGAGUAUAUUGGUUCUGAUAUCAAGCCGGAAUGCUUCAAAAGGGACUAUGUGUGCCCAUGGUCAUUUUUCUCGCAUAAAGUUCUACCAAAAUUUUGAUAUUCCGCUUGGAAGCUUUUUGCAGCAAAAUUUGCUAAGUCAGAAACUCCCAUGCAAGAGCUGUGAUGGACCCCCUGAAGCUCACAUUUUCUAUUAUGCACAUUACAAUAAGUUACUUGCAAUUCAAGUUCGUUCUCUUCCAAAAGACAAGGGGCUUCCAGGUGAAAGGGAAGGGAAGAUUUGGAUGUGGAGUCGUUGUGGUAGAUGCAAGUUCCAGAUUGGCAGCUCAAAAUCUACGAAAAGAGUUUUAGUAUCCACUGGUUCGCGUGGUUUUUCAUUUGGAAAAUUUUUGGAGCUCAGGUUCUCAAAUUCCUCUUUGUUCAAUAGGCUGCCUAUCUGUGGCCAUUCUUUGCACAGGGAUUUCCUCUACUUCUUUGGGUUAGGGCAUAUGGUUGCGGUGUUUAAGUACUCAACGGUUACUACUUACUCCGUGGCUCUUCCUCCAGAAAAGCUGGAAUUUAGCAGUUCUGUCAAUGAAGAAUUUCUUAAGAAGGAUUUUGAAGAUGUGAACAUGAAAGGGAUUAAGAUGUUUCGUGACGUAGAAAAAGCUUUGAAGGCAAUAGAGUCUCGAUUUGUUGGAACUACUCUAAAUCUUCAAGGAUCAAUUAAGAAAUUUUCUGAAAUUGAGAAAAUGUUGAAGGAAGAGAGAACUCAAUUUGAGAUUGGUAUUCAAAAUGUCGUUAUGGAUGGGAAUCGGGAUGUCGUCAUGUAUAAACUUCUAAUGUUGAAUAGAAUACGGCUGGAGCUUUUGCUGGUGUCCUGUGUGUGGGAUCGCCGUCUUCAUUCAUUACUAUCAUCUGAUUGUACCGCUGCCAAUCCCAAAACUAUUGACCAGAGUAUCAAUGCUAUUAACCACAGGGAACAACAAGAGAGAAGCAAUGUUAAAGGAGACACUAAAGGUUAUCUGGAAAGAGAUGACAGAGCAUUGGAAGAUUGUCCGGAUCUGAAAAUCAAGCUAGUUGAAGACUCUUGUGGAGAUGAUAACAGUAGGACAGAAACUACUGUAGGAAGUCGUGGUGAUGUUUUGGAUGCUGACUAUGAUCUGAAACCGAAUGUUGAAUCAUCUGCUAAAUUUCCCAUUGAAGAAACUCCCGUUGAUACACAUGAUUGUGGACAAGAUGAACCAUCAAAUUUAUCUGCUUGCAAUGAUGGUGCUGAGGUGACAACUGCAGCCAAAGUAAAUGGAAACAACUUUUCCCUUCAGGAUAUUACAGUGAAAUCUGAUCUCUCUGAUCACUGCCUUUUUGAUAAUGAAAGUAACUUACAGCUCAAUCUUCCUUCAUCCAUUCAAUUGGAGACGGAUAAACCAAUUGCCGUUGAUGCUGGGGGUACGCAUGAUCCUAUUCAUUCUCAAAGGAGUAGAUCCCUCUCCUCAAUAUUUUCCAACAUAGAGAAUGAUGAGGGGUGGUGGACUCCAUUCCCUGAAAUUUGGUGUCAAUACAUGGAGGAUCUCCAGAGAGGUCACCUACCGAAAUUAGGAUCUAUCACAAACCAUGAUGUAGAAUCUACUACUUAUAAACUUAUUACCGACAUGAGUGCGAAGCUUCACAUUCCCCUUGGAAGUGAUAAAUACAUUGUUUCUGAUUAUGAAGAUGAAUUUUCUAGCAUAAUUGCCUGUGCUUUGGCCUUGCUGAAGGAUUUGCCUAUUGUAUGUGAAGAUCUUGGGCAUGAUGGCAGAAAAGAUAGAGGAAUUGAUCCUAAGGCGUAUGAGAGUUCACAAGGCUUAAUGCAGAUGUUCUCUCUAGCUUCUCCACAUUUGUCUUCAACUGGUUCAUUGGAUUUAACAGCGUAUCACUCUUCGAACAUGUCAGAGGUAGCACGCUCAUCAAGUUUAGAUGGGGUAGAUUUGCUAGAUUCAUCGGUUUCUUUCACGGCUGUUCAGGCGGAAGUCUCCAUGGGUUUGGGUAAAUUGACUGGGAAGUAUAAAUACUCAGUCCUCUGUCUCUAUGCCAGCCAAUUUCGUCAAUUGCGAGAUCGAUGGUGCACUUCAGAAGUUGAUUUUAUUGCUUCCUUGAGUAGGUGUAGGAGCUGGGAUGCAAAAGGUGGCAAAAGUAACUCUUUGUUUGCCAAAACAGUUGAUGAUCGGUUUAUCAUCAAGGAAAUUAAGAGAGCGGAAUUUGACUCGUUCUUGAAGUUUGCUCCUAGUUAUUUUGCAUACAUGGAUCAGUGCCAUGCUAAGAGGAAUCAAACCUGCCUUGCAAAAAUUCUUGGCAUUUAUCAGGUCAGUGUAAGGCCAAGAGGUGGAAAAGAGACUAGGCACGAUCUCAUGGUGAUGGAGAACCUUUCAUUUGGUAGAAUUACUACUCGGCAGUAUGAUCUGAAAGGCGCUUUGCAUGCUCGAUUUAGUGCAGCUGGCAAUGGUGCAGGAGACGUUCUUUUAGACCAAAACUUUGUGAAUGACAUGAAUGUUUCUCCUUUAUAUGUCGGGACAAGAUCAAAGAGGGCUUUGCAACGGGCUGUAUGGAAUGACUGUACUUUCCUCAAGUCAAUCAAUGUGAUGGACUAUUCUCUACUUGUGGGAGUGGAUAGCCAACGCCAUGAACUUGUUUGUGGCAUCAUUGACUAUCUCAGACAAUAUACAUGGGACAAACAACUCGAGAAUUGGGUCAAAUCUUCACUUGUGGUUCCGAAGAAUCAGCUUCCUACUAUCGUAUCUCCAAAAGAGUAUUAUAAGAGAUUUAGGAAGUUCAUUGACACACAUUUCUUAAGUGUUCCAGAUAAUUGGUGCUCCCAAAAAUCUUCAAAUCCUUGUGAACUUCUUCGCACGGUAAGCAGUAUAACCCCACAGUCAGAGUCUGAUGAUGGUGAUUCUGAUCAACCAAAGUACACUGGUGAAGGGGAACAUAAAGAUACGUACUCUGAUGCUUAAUGGCUUGCAUCCUCUGAGUUCUGUUCCCUUUUAAGUUGUUCUCGUCCCCGGUGAAGUCAUUAGUUUGUGUACAUAGUUGUUUAUCUCCCGAGCAUCUAGAUAUAUACGCCCUCUUAUUUCUGCGAUUAUUUUUAGCAAAGUUAUGAGGAUGGCUUUAUUCUUUAGGUUCAUUUCUAGCUUGCAGUAUAUACCAAAGUUCUUGUGAAGUCUAUGAUUUAUUGUAAAAAGCCCUUUAGUAAGCUUGAGUAUUAUUUAGGCUGUAAAGGGAAAAAAAGAUAGCAGUUGAACCUGCUGAUUGUUGAAAUUUUUGGCUGUAAGACAAUAUUCCUAUAAAUCCAUUGUUGAGUUUUUGGUUA